UCUCUUAUUGGCUAGCGGCGAAAUUUGAAAUGUAACGCGCUCAGAGGAGCUGUGUGUAUAAGGAUGUAGUUGGAAAGUCGCUGUUAUUAAAAGACAACAAACCCCACCAGAUAGUUAAACUAUCUCCGGAAGGCUUUACAGAACAAACAUUUAACAGAGGAACAAAGGCUUUCUGUUGUCUGAAGGCCUUUUGUAGGACACCAUCAUGGAGACCAUGCUGAGCCUCCAGAGCUUACACGAUAAGCUGAGGACACAAGUUGACAUUCUCAGUGAAAACAUUGAACCCAACUUUAUUCAGAUGGUACAAAACUUUGAAGACUGCCGUCACAAAUGGCUGAGGACUGAGCAGGAGCUGGGAUCUUGCAAGGAGAUGCUAACAAAAGCAGAAAUGGAGAGGGGAUCCUUGGAUGUCAAACUGAAACAUGCCCGGAACCAGGUAGACGUGGAGAUCCGGCGCAGGCAAAAGGCUGAGGCUGACUGUGAGAUACUGGAACGUCAAAUUCAGUUGAUCCGAGAUCUGUUGACCAGUGAGGGAUCCACCAACAGCAUCCAGCUGAGUGCAGAACAGCGCUCUGCUCUGGCCUUCCUCAACACAAACACCCAGGGGACAGCCAAUCAGAACACCAGCCGAAGACUGGUGACAAUAGAUGAGUCUGCCUCCAUCUUGUCAGAUAUCAGCUUUGACAAAACAGAUGACUCUCUUGACUGGGACUCCUCCACGGUGCGGACGGUGCGGCUCAAGAAGCGAGAAAAAAGGCGCUCCUCGAGAAACCUCAUCGACGGUCCUCCAGUUCUCUCCAAAAGAUCCCGCUCAACUGGCAGAACAUCAGAGAGGGGAAACGAGGCUCUUGGCACAAAGACAACAGUGACUGUCGCUGCAAACGGAGGACCUGUGGAUUCCUUUUCUAUUGAGACUGUUCCUUACUGGACUCGCAGCAGGAGAAAGACUGCUGCCAUGGAGUGGGGUUCUGGCUCUGUCGGAUCUGAGGAUGCUCUCAAGCCACCCGAUAAUCCUGAAAAAGAGGUGAGGCCUGAGCCGAGCACUCCUCAGGGCAAAGGAGGCGUCCGUCUGCACGAGUUUGUCUCCAAAACUGUAAUUAAGCCCGAGUCUUGCGUGCCGUGUGGGAAGAGGAUAAAGUUUGGCAAGAUUUCACUGAAGUGUCGUGACUGCAGGGUGGUGUCUCACCCCGAGUGUCGCGAUCGAUGCCCCUUGCCCUGCAUCCCCAACCUGGGUGGAACGCCAGUCAAAAUCGGGGAGGGCGUCCUUGCUGACUACGUCUCCGACGCCUCACCGAUGAUUCCUCCCCUGGUUGUCCACUGUGUGAACGAGAUAGAACAAAGGGGUCUGCAUGAGGCUGGUUUGUACCGCCUGUCGGGUGCCGAUCGCACCAUCAAGGAUCUGAAGGAAAAAUUCCUCCGCAGCAAAACCGUCCCCGUCCUCAGUAAGGUGGACGAUGUCCACGCCAUCACUGGUCUCCUCAAGGACUUCCUGAGGAAUCUGAAGGAGCCUCUUCUGACCUUCCGUCUGAACCGAGCCUUCAUGGAUGCAGCUGAGGUUUCAGAUGACGACAACAGCAAAGCACAGAUGUACCAGACCAUCAGCAACCUGCCACAGCCCAACAGAGACACGCUGGCCUUCCUGGUGCUGCACCUGAAAAAAGUGGCUGAAAGUCUGGAGACUAAGAUGGACAUCAGCAAUCUGGCCCGAGUCUUCGGUCCGACUAUUGUUGGUCAUGCAGUUUCCAACCCGGACCCGAUGACCAUCCUGCAGGACACCAAACGCCAGCCUCUGGUUGUGGAGCGUCUCUUGGGUCUGCCGGUGGAGUACUGGGCCCAGUUUGUCUUUGCAGAAAACGUGCCGCUGAACAUGGACCAUCUGAUCAUCGAGAAUGCCAACUGCUACGCCACUCCAGAGGGCGUAAGCAUGCUGGGACCUCUGACCACUCCAGAGCACCAGCUGUGCAAGACUCCGUCCUCCAGCUCUUUAUCUCAGCGUGUAAAGUCCACUCUGACCCCCAGAUUUGGAAGCAAAAGCAAAUCCGCUGUUGGAUUUUCUCACCAAGGAAAGUUCUUUGCUUCGCCUCUGCUGAAGUAAUGCAACCCAGCAACGCACUAGAGUCCUUUAUUCGCACAGAAUCAACAUUCAUGUGCAGAUAAUGAUUUAAUGUAGAUAGUUCUCUCUAAAGCUGUGUUUUAACUAAAUAGUUGUCUUUUCCAUGCACACCUGUCGUUGGCUAAAGCUUUUACUGAACACGUUUCAGAUCCUUCAUGAGAAUGUUCUGGUUUUGUAAAGUGUCGUCCUCAGAGUUCUUAGCUCAUGUGUCACUCAGAAGUGGAAGAACUGAUUGUUUGGCAUUUUAUUCCGAAUGUGUGAUUAUUUCAUUAUCUCAUUCUUGAGUUUGCAUUUCAUUUCAUACAGUGCUUGUAUUUAAUUGGGAGUGUCCUGAAAAGCCAGUGGUUUAAAUGUGAGUCUUCUCCAGACCUCAGCUACACGGUGGGCCUUUUUCUAUAAACCUGUAACAGUUGGACGUGCUUUAAAACAAGUUUUUAUUUUUUUGUCUCGAGGAAAGCAUGAAAGAUUGUGCUGCCAGUACUCAUCAGGGGCUCCAACUUGCCUCUGCAAGGCCAAAUCCCCCCAGAUAAAUGUUGAUCUUUGUAACGUUUACGCUGUUAGGUCACUUUUGAGCAGUCCUAUAAAAAGGCAAUUGUUUGUAAUAUUAGCCAGUUCAGACACCAUGGCAUUAUUUAUGUGGCACAUUUUUUACCCAAGUAUGUUAUAAAAUACAUGUCUGCAUUAAAAAUCGUCUUUUUUUUUUCUUAAA